AACGUCAUGGGGCUGAUUGGUUGGCUCGUCUUCUUCUUUCUUCUUGCGCUUUUUUUCUACGUUCUAUCGCGGGUUUCUCAACAGGCACGAUACACUAUCAAGCACGCUAUCUACUUUGCAGUUGUCUUCAUAAUUUCAUGUUGUGUGAUCCUCGACGCCAUCUUGCACAUGAAAAGAAGUCACGAGAACGCGCAGGUUUUGAAGAGAGUCACCAAACUACUGCGUGUGAAACGACUGUUGGGCAUUCAGUACAGCAUAGAGGGAGAGGAAAUACUAGAUGACUGUGAAAGUCCCCGGAUAUAUAUAUCCAAUCAUCAGAGUUCUCUGGAUAUGUUGGGUAUAUCUCUGAUUUGGCCGAGGAGGACGGUUCUUAUGGCUAAGAGGUCGUUGAAAUACGUGCCCGUGUUUGGGCUUAGUGCUUGGCUUGUUGAGACGAUUUUUAUUGAUCGAGUGAAGAAGGAAAAGGCAAAGAAAGUGCUUGAUAAAACAGUUAAGAAGAUUAAAGAUGAAAGACUGAGUUUAUGGAUGUUUCCCGAAGGAACAAGAAAUCACAAAGGCAGCAUGCUGCCUUUCAGAAAAGGUGCAUUUCACCUUGCCCUGGAUGCUCAAAUUCCCAUCGUUCCAAUCGUCUUUUCACCGUACACGUUUUACGACAAAAAAGUGUGGAAAUUCAAGGACGGAUCGGUCAAACUUACCGUAAUGGAUCCGAUCUCUACAGAAGGAAUGACGUCCGAAGAUAUUGACGAUCUAAUGAGUUCGGUCAGAGACAAGAUGCUGGGAGUGUACAGUCGUGGUUUAGUGCCGUCCGAUGGCAGAUCGUUUACAAGAAUUAGCUAAGUCUGAACAAGAUUUUCUAAUGAAAGUUUUUUCGUACUGAAAUUCUACGGCUGAAAUUGGCAUGUCUUGUUGGCAUUGCAUCACAAUUCGUCUUUCUGUGUGUCCGGAUGUUCGUCAUCGAUGUCGGUGGUUUCGUCUGUGUUUUCGUCGUUCAUACUGUUCUGUUCGCUUUCAGUCACUAUUUGCAUCAUUUGUUCGAAGACGCUGUAGUUCAGUGUGUCGAGGUAUUCUGCAGAUGCACGACCUUCAUUGCCAACGUCAACGUAUUGAAAUAGCUAAUGGAGUAAUACAAAAUAGGAAGUUAGUGAUGCAUUGA